AUGUGCCUGCGGUUACGAUCACGCUUCAAUCGCAACUACCUUGCUGUUCUUGGUAACGCACAGGCGGACAAUGUAUCACUGCCUGAUCUCAAUUCGGACGGAGAGGAAGUUAAUGAUGUUGACGACGCGCCGCAUGCGGAGCAAACGGGCGAUGCCCCUACGGAGCCUUCGAUCGAAGAUGAGCCGCAGACAGACAUCGAUAACGAAGGUGGCGGCGACCCUGCUGAAGAAGAGUGUGACACCGUUGGAACUAGUGGCGAUGCGGAUAACGUCGACGGGACGGUCGACAACUUCGACACGCUGCUCGAGGUGUAUAGGUUUAUCGUCGGCUGCAACAAUGGCGCCGGCCUGUCGAACGAGAGUACCGUGUGGCUUCUUAACUUACUUAGGCAGGAGCGGCUGAACCUUUCGCUGUUGCAUGCAUGGCGAUCGCUUUACGCGGUGACGCAGUAUGGGCUGUCGCUGAUGAUGCAGCGAAGGGAAUACACCUGCAAGACCUUCCAGGUUCCAGGCUGCCCCAUCACUUUUGAGGUUAUGUGCGCGAACGGCAAGGAGGUGGUCUUAGAGCUAUUCGGUCAUCCAGACAACGCGGAGGGCUUUGUUCUGUAUCCCGAACAGCACAUCUCGGGUGCGGGGCGCAUCUACACCACUCCGCAUACGGCGACGUACUGGGAGAACGCGCAGGUCGUUGUGACCGAGCAGUACGGGGAGGGUACAGUUGUGGUCCCGCUCAUCAUUUCAAGCGACGCAACGAUUCUCAGUGGAAACGAGCACGCCAAGAGGCUUGGCGGCAACAGACCCGAGUGGCAUCGAACGAUUCAUCGUGCCAACCCUGUUCUCGGGGCUGAGAUCAACCGCCGCGCCAUUGUUGGCGUGCUGCAGUGGCACGAGUCGUGUAUCAGGGGUGGCUCGCACAGCGAUGACAGCCUGGACGAGUUUGCAGAGGCAACGAGAAGGAUGGUGCAAACCAUGGAGGCUGUUUUUCCGCGCGGGGGCGAGGGGUAUAACCUCGUGAAGGUUCACCUGAUGACACACCUCCCUGAAGCGGUCAGGCGAGGUGGCAUGCCCCGGGAGUUCUCUGCAGCGGUGUACGAGAAUGCGCAUAUUCGCACGUGCAAGCAGCCUUACCGUGCGUCGAACCGACGCCAGGUGGAGCAGGCGAUCGCUGAUCACAACACGACGGCCGCAGUCUUGGCGAGGCUGCCUGGCAGCCUUCCUCCACGCAACACCAACCAGAUCGCCAUCAUGAAGGCCAUCGCAACCGGGAGCCCGCAGCUGACACGUGCGAGCAGGUGCUUCACGCAGGAGUUCGUGGGCGCAGCGAGCUCAAUCUUUGCUGAGUACAACGAGGCCCUGGAAGGAGGCCUGGUGUUCUAUGAGGAUGUCAUGCGCGCGGCGAACCUGGUCCCUUUUCCCCCCCAGGUGCACAACGGAGUGGCCUUACCGCGUGCCCCCACCGACGAGGGGCACAUCAAGCCACGCUAUGCAAGGGCUGCCGUAGAGCUGCACGGACAGCCCGCCUUCUCGUGUGUGGAGUACGAGCGAGAUGAUGGGGCCGCCGCAUUUGGCAAGCUAUGCCUCCUGCUCACGGCGCAGAGGAGUGGUGCAGAUGGGGAGAGUGGUCCUGCUGAGGUGGCCGUACUGACGAGCUUCCUGGAGGUGGGACAUGAUGACUGCACUGGCUGCACCAUGCUCUCACCUGUCACCAUAUGGAGGGGCCUUGUGGUGGUGCCAUUGCAUCGUCUGGUGCGGGCUGUCCACUGUGUCCCUUCGUUUGAGAACCCCGAUCUCUGGUUCCUGAACAAGUGGGCGUUCAGGUGCCUGGAGGACAUUCACUGA